AUGGACGCUGACGUUUACUCGUUUGUGAAGGCCUGCGACGUGCACGAGAAUGUGUCCUUGCGUAUCUUGCGGCUUGGUGGAGAGGUAGGCACGUCAGCCUCGAUGUGCGUGCGAUGUGAACUGUAUGCUGGCAACAUGCCGCUGCUGCCGCCGGAAUACACGUCACUGAGCGAAGGGCCAGAUCCUCGUUCGUGGGACGAAUGGAUCACGUUCCCAUACGACAUAUGUGAUCUGCCACUUGAUGCACAGAUUUCGCUCACUGUGCUCGACGUAGGUAACGUACCGCUGGGCGGUAUAGUUCUGCCACUCUUUGGAAAGCGUGCUGCGCUGCGCCGCGGUACGAAAUGCCUGGCGUUGUGGCGCGGUGUACCAGCUGACCCACGCGCGCCAUCAUCCACGCCGUACAGAUAUGACGAUGCACCUAUUUCCAAGCUCUGGAAGCGCCAUCAGCGUGGCAUGAUACCCUCCGACGAGUGGCUCGAUCAGCAGACGCUAUCAUGGGUAGAAAAGGCCCGCACAAAGCACGUCGACGAAAGUCACGCAUUGAUUCUUAUCAUCGAGUUGCCGGACUUCGAGCUGCCAGUCGUCUACGGUGAGCCAGAGCCUGAUUUGCGCACCAGACACACGAAUACGGGCUCUUGGACGAAUGCUACGGCGCCGGUUGCCUCGUGGAUUCGGCCGCACAUGUUGGCCCUAUCUGACCCUGAAGCUUUGUGCGAGAACGUCAUUGAGACUAAGCACCGUCGACUGGUCCGUGGCCGCCACUCUGCGACGCUCGAUCGCGAACGCAAGCCCACGGCAUCGGUGCGAGACACACUGCACCAGAUCUUGAUGUAUCCUCCGACACGUGUCUUGACGUCCGAGGAAAUGGACCUUGUAUGGACAUUUCGUUUUUUCCUGACGCGGUACCCUGAGGCGCUCACGAAAUUCGUCAAGUCGGUCGUGUGGACGGAUGCUGAGGAAGCGCGGCAGGCCACGGACGAACUUUUGCCCAUGUGGGCCGAGCCACGGUUGGCAGACACACUCGAGCUGCUCGGCCCGUCGUUUCAGCAUCUUCAGGUGCGUGCCUACGCCGUCCGCCAACUGCAUCGCGCUAGCAAUGACCAGCUGGAGCUGUACUUGCUGCAGCUGGUGCAGGCCCUCAAGUUUGAGGACACAGCUUGGAACGCAGCGAGUGACGAGCAGCGCCAAGUGGCCUCGACGCGUCUCGUCGACUUGCUGUGCGAGCGCAGCACACAAAGCCACACUCUAGGUACCAAGCUGUACUGGUACGUGUCGGUGGAGCGAAUCGAUGGUCGGUACCGUGAGCUGUUUGCGCGCGUCGACAGACAGCUCCAGGCAUCGCUCGAGGAGUCCAAUCGCGAUCUGCUGGUCAUGCUUAAGCGGCAGCGUCAUUUUGUGCACACGCUCACGACGCACAAUGCCGAGCUUCGUGUGUCGCGGGAUGCACGCCCGAAAAAAAUUGAGAAGCUGCAAGAUCUAUUGGCCGAUCGCAGAAAGGGACUUUGCUCGUUGGUACCGCCCUUGUCGCUCCCUCUUGACCCUGAUGUAUAUAUAUGCGGUGUCAUUCCGGAUAAAAGCACAGUAUUCAAGAGCAACCUCUUCCCCUGGCGCCUCGAGUUCGCGGUGGAUGGCACGUCAUCCACCUAUGCGGUCAUAGUCAAGAACGGCGACGACCUUCGACAGGAUCAACUCGUGCUGCAACUUUUUGCGCUCAUGGAUCGACUGCUGCGGGAUGAGAAUCUCGACGUGCGCAUUACCCCAUACCACGUGCUGGCGACAAGCCCACAGGACGGUCUCGUGCAAUUUAUACCCAGCAUGACAGUGGCAGCAGCAGUAGCCCAAUACGGCGAUCUGCUGAGCUAUUUGCGUUUCCACUACCCAGACCACGAGAACGCCGCCACUUUUCAUGUACAGGCGCAGGUGCUAGACACGUUUGUGCGCAGCUGUGCAGGCUACUCCGUCAUUACGUACCUGCUUGGCGUGGGAGAUCGACACCUGGACAACCUGCUUGUGGCGCCUGAUGGGCACUUUUUCCACGUCGACUUCGGCUAUAUCUUAGGACGCGAUCCGAAGCCUUUUCCGCCGCCUGUCAAGGUGUGCAAGGAAAUGGUCGACGCCAUGGGCGGCGCCUCUUCUGUGUACUAUAUGCGAUUCAAGAAGCUGAGCUACACGACUUUUGCCUGCCUCCGCAAAAACGCCAACCUGAUCCUCAAUUUGAUCUCGCUCAUGGUCGAGGCCAAUAUACCCGAUAUCCGCGCAGAGCCGGACAAGGCCGUGCUCAAAGUGCAGGACAAGUUCAUGCUCGGGGUAUCCGAAGAGCAGGCUGUGCGACAUUUGGAGGCGCUUUUCAACGAGACAUCCUAUCUUUCCAGCAUGUUUGACCGACUGCACAAUGUAGCCCAAUAUUUCCGCCAAUAA